CUCGAACCAGCUAAUAGUUGCUCAUGCUAAUAACGAGAAGGGCCUAUUUAACCAGUUCCAAUUGCCCUGUGUCUCUCUCACUCUAAACCCAAAACUGCAUAACUCGACCGAGUCGACUCACUCUCUCUCUCUCUCUCUUAAUCACACAGAGAGGUCAGAUAUGGAUCGCAAGAGUCUGUUCUUCCUAGGUUUUAUCUGCAUUGUCUUCGCCGGUGUCGGAGGCCAAUCUCCCCCCGCCACCUCACCCACCACCACUCCUGCUCCCCCCGCUACACCCAACAACCAGCCACCACCCUCUCCUCCCGCCAGCACUCCACCUCCCACCGCCACCCCUCCUCCCACGUCAGCUCCGCCUCCCGUUGCCACCUCACCGCCCCCAGUUACCACGUCUCCACCUCCAUCAACUCCUCCCCCUGUCUCUGCACCCCCGCCGGCCACCCCGCCUCCAGUCAGCUCUCCUCCACCCGCAACUCCACCUCCAGCGACCCCCCCACCCACCACUCCUCCACCUGCAACUCCACCACCGGCCACUCCACCACCAGCCACUCCGCCACCAGCAACACCACCACCGGCCCCUCUUGCGUCUCCUCCAGCUCAGGUACCAGCUCCAGCUCCCGCCGUGACAUCUCCAGCCUUGGCGCCUUCUCCGCUCGCACUGGCCCCAGGACCACCGGCGCCACCAGUCGGAGCUCCUACGCCGACCCUGGAGGCCGGUGCUCCGGGACCAUCAUCGUCAGAUGAUCAGAGUGGAGUUGAGAAGAUGUGGUCGAUGCAGAAGAUGGUAGGGAACUUCGUGUUUGGGUGGGCACUCCUCAGCUUGAUGCUUUAGAUGAGGAGAUGAUCACUCUCUCUGCCUGCAGGCCUUCUUUUUGUAUUUGAUCUCUUCUACCAUAUCUGUGGUUAUUUCUUCUUCUUUUGAUAUGUUAAUAUUGUUAGCCCAGGUUUGAAUGGGGACUUGAUCACCACUUGUAUUUGAACUAUACACAUUACAAUUCUGUUGAAUUCUUUGGGAGAUUUUUGAGGGGAGCUUUGUUUUGAUGUCA